AUGGAGGCGGCGGCGGAGGCGGCGGCGGGAGGGCCGGGCCGGCGGGAGCUGCUGGCGACGGUGGCAGCGCAGGAGGAGCAGCUGCGCGAGUACCGGGCGCGCCUGCGGGACCUGGUCCGCGCGCACAAGGGCCUGCUGGCGGAGCGGGCGGCGCUGGAGGCCGGCCUGGGCGCGCUGGCGGGGUCGGCGGCGGCCGAGCCCGGCGAAGCGGCGGCGGCCGAGGCGGAGGCGGCGGCGGCGGCGGGCGGCCCCGAGGCCCGGCUGGGCGCGGCGCUGGCCACGCUGGCGCGGGAGAAGGCGCGGCUGGAGGCGAGCUGGCAGGCGGAGCGGCGCGAGGCGCGGGCCGAGCGGGAGCGGCUGGAGGGCGAGGCGCGGGAGGCGCGGGCGCGGCUGGCGGCGCAGCAGCGGGACCGGGCGCAGGAGCAGGCCGACCACGCCGACAUGCUGCGCGAGCUCCAGCGGCUGCUGCAAGACGAGCGGGCGCGGCGGCGCGAGGCGGAGCUGGGCCUGGAGGAGGCGCGCCGGGAGGAGCCGCGAGAGCUGCGGGCCGAGCUGGAGCGCCUGCGGGGCCACUUCCAGGCGCAGCUGCUGCAGGAGGCCGGCAAGGCCGCCCAAGCCGACGAGCACCUCCGGAUGGGAGAGCAGCGCGGCGCCGCCCUGGAGGCCCGGAUUUCCGAGAUGUCGGAGCUGCUGGGUGCCUACGAGAAGGCCAGGCAGAAGGACCAGGCCGCCAUCCGGAAGCUGAAGGACCGCGCUGUCCAGCUGGACCUCGAAAACAAGACCCUCGCUGUCGCCGCCUCUGGCCACGCCGCCGUGGGCCUCACCCUGGAGGACGGCCACCUGGACGCCAACGUGUUGAGCGACAAGGUGGAGAAGCUGACGAAGCUGGCACGAGUGGCUGCCGAGCAUGCCCCGUCUCUCGUGGGGGAUGUCGAGGCCCUCUGCCCGGCUGAGCCCCCGAAGGACACAGAGUCUGGAGACUGCGAGAAGGCCACCAUGGCCUAUUAUCAACAGGAGCUCAAGCAGCUGAAGGAGGAGUUUGAGAGGUACAAAGUGAGGGCGCAGGUGGUCCUGAAAAGCAAAUCGGCCAAGGAUGGGAAUUUGGCCAAGGAGCUGGAGGAGAGCCAGGAGCAGCUGACGGAGCUGAAGGAGAAGUACGUUUCCCUUCGGCUGUCCUGCGAAGCGGAGGCCAAGCAACACCAGGAGCAGCUGGAGGCCAAGAGGCGAGAAGUGGCUCUCCUCCAGCAGCUCCACCGCCAGGAGCUGGAGCGAUGCCUGUCGGAGGGCCAGGAGAAGGUCCUCCGACUGGAGGAGGAGAUGCACAAGCAGCGCAAUCGGGCCCUGGCCGUCCUGGCUGAAAAGGACCAGGAGCUGCAGCAACUGAGGGUCCUGGCCGUGCCCUUUGGGCUGCAGGCCCCCAAAGCAGCCACAGGGCCAGGUAGUGGUGGCAGCAGCAGUGUCCAUAGCGACAGUGGGGUGGGUGAUGAUGCUUUGGAGCACCUGACCCUGCCUCUCCCUGCCCCCAGCGAGCCUACCUUCCUGCUGUACACAGAGCAGCUGGCUCGGAAAGAGGUGGAGAUCUUGGCCCUGAAGAAGCAGAAGCACCAGCUGGAGAUGGAGGCUCACCAGUUGCAAGAGAAGCUGCUGGAGGAAGGAGAAAAGCACCGAGAGGAGGUCUCUCUGCUCCAGGGCCACAUUCAGAAGACCUUCAGGGACCGGAGCAGAGAGGGAGCUAACCUGGAGUACCUCAAGAACAUUUUCUACAGGUUCCUGACUUUGACAGAUUUGUUGGGACGCCAGCAAACCCUGACAGCCAUAUUGACUAUUUUGCAUUUUAGCCCAGAAGAGAGACAGGCUGUCCUGAGCCACGUGGGCAGAAGCAGCAGCUGGUGGCUUUCGGGGAAGAGAUGAAACCCCCGCCAGCUCUGCUUGCGGGGGUUGGUGGGGUUGGGUUCAUGAGGCUGGCUUCCCCAUUCUGGCCUCAAGGCAAGCAGUAGCCAUUCCUAGCCAUUGGGUGGGGAGGCCACAGGACCAGCCAGGGCUCCCAGUUCAGACUCCAGCCGGAGUGUAAUGCCUCGCUGGGGCUGCAGGGAUUCAAUUUGGGGUCUUUGUUCUUUUUAAAGGGCUCCUUUCAGGAGUCUGGCCAGUGUUUGUUCCAAUAUUUGUGCCAAAUGUGGACUGGGGAAAUCCUCCGGACUCUCAAGCCGGCAGUUGAGGCCAGCCAAUAAAGCAUCAGCAGUUGAA